GCGAGCGUCCGUUCGCGUGCGAGACGUGUGGCGCGACGUUCAGCCAGCGCUCCAACCUGCACUCGCACCGCCGCGCCACGCAUCUCAACGAGAAACGACACGCCUGCAGCCUCUGUCCCAAGCAGUUCAAACGGAGAAGGCUACUAGACUACCACGUGAAGGCGUCGCACACGGGCGAGAGACCGCUCAAGUGCGAAGUGUGUUCGUCCACGUUCGUGUACCCCGAACAUUACAAGAAACACAUCCGGACUCACAGCGGCGAGCGGCCUUACGUGUGCGAAAUCUGCGGCAAGACGUUCACGACGCGCGACAACCGCAACACGCACCGCUUCGUGCACAGCGACAAGAAGCCCUACGAGGUGCCUUGCCUGCGGCGCCGGCUUCAUGCGCAAGCACCUGCUCUACGAACACAUGAACCACUCCUUAAUAGUAAUAACAAUAAGCCCUACGAGGGCCUUGCCUGCGGCGCCGGCUUCAUGCGCAAGCACCUGCUCUACGAACACAUGAACCACUCCCCCUACGAGUGCCUCCUCUGCCUGCGGCGCCGGCUUCAUGCGCAAGCACCUGCUCUACGAACACAUGAACCACUCCGUGAGUUAAUAGUAAUAACAAUAAGCCCUACGAGGUGCCUUGCCUGCGGCGCCGGCUUCAUGCGCAAGCACCUGCUCUACGAACACAUGAACCACUCCCACAAUAAGCCCUACGAGUGCCCCGCCGCGGCGCCGGCUUCGCGCAAGCACCUGCUCUACGAACACAUGAACCACCCUAAUAACAAUAAGCCCUACGAGGCUCAAGCCUGCGGCGCCGGCUUCAUGCGCAAGCACCUGCUCUACGAACACAUGAACCACUCCUACAACAAUAAGCCCUACGAGUGCCUCGCCUGCGGCGCCGGCUUCAUGCGCAAGCACCUGCUCUACGAACACAUGAACCACUCCUUAAUAGUAAUAACAAUAAGCCCUACGAGUGCCUCGCCGGCUCCCGGCUUCAUGCGCAAGCACCUGCUCUACGAACACAUGAACCACUCC